GAAAAAGCGGAUGGCUUUAACCAAUUUUUUACGUCAGUCUUCACCUCCGACACAAGUUCUUCACCUCUUUACACCCCCUCUAGUUCAGCUUCUAACUCUCUUGACUCAUUAAAUGUAUCUGAAUCCGAUGUUCAGUCUUUGUUGUCCAAUUUGUCACCCUCUAAGGCUACUGGUCCAGAUGGCAUUCCAGCUUACCUUCUAAAGCGAUGUUCUGAGGUAAUUGCCCCUUCUUUGACUGCUCUCUUUGAGUUAUCUCUUCAGCAGGGUGUUUUUCCUUCUGAAUGGAAAGCUGCUAAUGUCGUGCUUAUACCCAAAAAGGGUGACACUCAUGAGGUCACUAACUACAGACCAGUUUCCUUACUCUCUCAAGUCUCAAAAGUUCUCGAACGUUUAAUUUUCAGCCAGGUUUCUUCUUUUGUUGAAAACUCCUUGUACGACCUUCAACAUGGCUUUCGCUGUAAAAGGUCGUGUAUUACUCAACUUUUGAGUGUACUUCACGACCUUGGUCGUACUCUUGACUCGGGAAAGGAAACAGACCUGAUUUAUCUCGACUUUGCUAAAGCGUUUGACUCAGUGUCCCAUAGCAAACUUUUGUUCAAACUUAAAUCGUUUGGAAUCUCAGGUCCACUUCUUAACUGGUUUGCUGAUUACCUUCGUGAUCGCAAACAGUGUGUUGUCGUUGAAGGAGCUUCCUCAUCUUUUCUUAAUGUUCCCUCUGGGGUGCCACAAGGUAGUGUAAUAGGUCCACUUUUAUUCAUUCUUUAUGUAAAUGACCUUCCCGAG